GGCAGAGGGCGUGGGAGAGGAAGACGCCCGAGGGGAGUUAGGACAAGAGGUGGGCGAGGUGGAAGAGGAGUAGGUGCCCGCAGAAGAAUCGCCGAAGAAACUGUUGCUGAAAGACUUGCAGCUGAAAGGGAGCAGCGAGAUGCUCAUCUUAGGGAAACCAUAUCUAAUCUUGAGGAGGAUAACGAGGAACCUUGUUCAAGCUAUAUGUAACAGGGACCCAACAUUUGUCGUUGACAUUUUGAAUGAGGCUUCCCAAAAUGAAAGGAGGCAAGGGUACCACCCACAACCGUCAGAUGGCAUACCAAGCUGGUGUACCUGCAACCACUGCAGAGAGAUGCCAUCCGAAAUUGAAAAACUCUGUUGUGGACAGACUCCAUUAAACUGCUACUCAAUUGUAUCAGAUUUCCAAAGGGUUGUCCUUGAUGACCUUGUACUGGUUGUUGCCCGACGUUACCGUGAAGACAUUUUUGCAGCUGCCCCUGAUGCAGAUAUCAACAGAGGGAACAGACAUGCAGCCUACCGCCAAUUUAUCCUCUGGCAUCAUGGUCAUCUAGGUGCAAGAAAUAGAAGGGUGAUUUCCAGUUGUUGUGUAUGGUGAAUAAGGGACAAGUUCCCAGAUGCGUUUGGACAAUAUAGGGGCUUCAUUGGAGGACGACUUGGAUAAAAAACCUUGACUUCUGCUCGACAACAAGCUGUUCAGUGGGAGGGGGUGGGAUUGGAGCCAGAUGAGAUGACAAUCUUCUUGGAUCAUCUACCUCCAGCACCACGGGUUGGUUCAUCCCUACUU